AUGGGUGUCAGCCUUGUGCGCGUCAUCGAAUUCAGAUCAUUCUCACGAGUGACUCCAACUCAAGACCUUACUGAAGCCGGCACUCGUCGGAAACGCGCUCAACGUGCCUGUGAGGCUUGUCACUCGCACAAGACCAAGUGCUCCGGAGAGUUUCCCAAAUGUAGGAGAUGCUUGGAGAAUGGCCUCAACUGCGAGUACAAGGUCUCCAGGAGGAAGUUCACUGCGGCUCCGGGCGCGAGCGCCUCCCCCACCACGCCUUUAAACCCGGUCCAGAAUGUCGCCUCUCGGUCGCUGCCGUCUGUUGUCAGUGCUGAGGCCAAGCAGCUCAUCUCGCCCAGCGCAUCGAGUGUGUCUCCUGGCCUGACGGACGCAAACCGAAAACCUUCGCUUGGAAGUGUCUUGAAUUCCGAAGACAUUCUUGCCCGUGUAGACCUGCUCUCGAGACAUUUCGAUGUUUGGUUUGAGACCUGGGGCAGACUGCCCCUUAUGAGCAUCUUCCACCCAGGACAGACGUAUCAGGGAAUCCACGACAAGACGCUUAGCCCACACAUCGUUCGGUGCGUAUGUGCGAUGACGGCCAGAUUCCUCAUCCCGGGAUCUAGAAGCCUGCCUUUGUUCGCUGAAAAAUGUGCCGAGGACGUCGACCAGUACAUCUUACAGCAGAUCAGCACGUUUCUCAGGGGUGGCGAUGGACUUGAGAACCUCCUCAUCCUCCUUCUUACGAUCUGUCACUUCUGGGUAGAAUCUCAGAUGGGGAAAGUCUGGAUGUAUAUGGGUCUUGCUGGGCGUCUCAUCACUGCUCUGCAGAUGAACUGGGAUGGCGCUGUCGACACGCCUAUCAAACAAGAGAUCAUUCGCCGUGCCGUCUGGACCAUCUGGAAGCUGGAUCGCUAUCUGGCGAGCGGUUUUGAUGAGCAUCUCAUCCUGCGGGACGAGGUGAUGCACCUCAAGUUUCCUGCCACCGAUAGCGAGUUUCCCGCAGAAGGCGACAUGACGAUGGCCACGCCCACACUCGGACAGACCCGGCCCGGGCAGACACCACUGCUGGCGGAUCCCCCAACGCGCCAUCCCCGCCCAGCCCAGCUUGAGCCUUCACAAUUUCUGAACCAGGUCAGCAAGCUGCAGCAGAUGCUCCUCACUUUCAGCCAGAGCCUACCGGAAUACCUCAAGGUCUCAGACAUAGGCACCGUCCAGCGCUGGUUCAACUCGCCACAGCGCGGAAGCUUCGUCAUGCUGUACACCACGUUCUGGGAGCUCUACAUCGACCUGUACAGGUUCUCGGUGCCGGGUCUGCGGGAACAGGCGAGCGCAGAGAUCGCGAAGCAGCUGCCUUCAGACUUUGUGGUAUCAUCACAGAAGCAGGCGGUUGGAUAUGCCAUCUGCCUCUCGCGGUUCUGGCGAUGCGGCCAGGCAGUUGCUGAUCAGAAGCCGUGGGUCGACGGGAGGGAAAGGCUUCUCACAGUUGAUCAGACAUUGCACCGUCUCUACGACAAUCUAGUGGAAGGCAGUUCAGCGCCACUUAUACGGCAGGAAGUUGUCAACGACGACACCCUUGCUGCGCUGAUACAGUCCAACAUGAAACUCUUUGACGCCUUCGCUGUUUUCUUCCCAGCCACCAUUGAAAACCACGGCACUCCUUACGACAAUCCAAGGGAGACUAUUGGUCGUCUUGUCAGAAUGCCGGCCAGGAAACCACCAGAGAAUGUUCGGCUGCCAGGCCCGCAUUAUAUGCUCGAACAAGCGAUCGCACCUCCGGAUUACGAGGAACGAGACAAACACCGCAACAGGUCCGGAGCAGAUGUCCUCCUACGUCAGAGAAGGCAACCGUCAGGCUUGUCUUCGGUGCCCUCUUCGGCUGGUACCGGCAGCGCAGGGACUUCUCAGAGACCUGAUAUCCCGGUCUGGCUCGCGGAAGCACGAAACGGUCAGGCCGCGCCCGGUACGCUGGCCAUUCCGCAACAAUCUCCCGUAAUGCCUGCGCUCGCGACGGCUCAGCCACCAGAGAGUCAAGCGUUUGUUCAGCAGCCAGUGUAUGCCCGUGCUGGGUCCUUGUCCAACCCCCUGGGCACAUAUCAUAACACGCCCUCAGCAUUCCCGCCGCCACCGCCUCCCACGAACACGAAUCAGCAUACCUACACAGCCUCUAUCCUUGGACCUAGUCUAGGUCGUGACGACCAUCCGGGCUUCUAUCACAGGGCAGGGGGCAAGACGUUGCCCUUCCCAGAUAUCGACUCGAUUAUAUGA